AUGGAGUUACCAUCACCUUACGAGAUACUCGGUAUCGAGAAAACAGAUGAUCCUGUAGAGAUAAAGCAAGCCUACAGACAAAUGGCUUUAAAGUAUCAUCCAGAUAAAAAUCCAAAUGCAGGUAAUAAGGAAAUCAAUAAAGCAUAUCAAAUUCUUUCGAAUGAAGAUUCAAAGCUAUUCUUUGAUUCAUUUGGAUACGAAGGUUUGAUACUAAAUGAAAAGUUAAACUCAAGAGGUGAAAACAAUCUAAUGGGAAUGGGUCAUAUCGAUUUCAUUUUGAUAUUUGCAUCUAUAUUUACAUUAUAUUUUAUAUAUUUGACAAAGAGAUCACCAGAUCUUUCAUUUUGUCUGUUCAUACUGAUAUCGAAUCUUGUUUUAUACUUUAUAUUACCAACACGAAUUCUACCAACGGUAACCAACUUUGUUAUCUAUGGUAUCGUUCUUUUGUGGCCCAACAUCACCAAGAAGAACUCUUCAUUAACAGUAACCAUUUGGAUUUCGAUCAUAAUCAUCGAUAUUUGGAGAGGAAUUAGAUUUGAACACUGGAUAUGGCGAUUCCUAAGUUUGAACAUCAUCAUCUUUGGAAGUAUCAUUUUGAUGCUCAUGGGAAUCUAUGUUUUAAAGAAACCUGAAACUGGUAUAAUCAAGAGUCUAGAUGUAAUGACACUAGUUUUUGUUGUUUUUUGGUGUCCAGUUUGGAUUUUGGAUUAUUUCACUGGCAGAAGAAUUGAAUGGUUAAUUCCACCUGCAAUCUUCUUUAUUAAAAAUACUGAUGAAGAACCAGCUUCAACACCAACAGCAACAGAAUCAGUACACAAUAACAGCAACAACAACAACACUAAUAAUAAUAGCAAUAGUAGUAGUGGUAGCGAAAAGAAAAACAAAAAGUCAAAUUCGACAACAACUACCAACAGAGUUGAUGAUCAUCAUAAAAACAACUCACCUUUGAAAGCCAAUGUAUAUAAUUCAAAAGAAGGUGAAGAAUCAAAUACUGCAGCAUCCGGUGAGUCUCAGACUGCAGUCAACUCAUCGCCAUCCACUAAAAAGCAAUCAAGUAGCGCAUUGGAUAAGCGAUGCCAAACAUGUUUCAAAUCGGCCAACCUCAAAAAGUGUGGAAGAUGUCAACAGAACAACCAUUAUUAA